AUGUCAGUGAACACCAGUAGUCUUCCGGAAACAGUAGUUCAAAUUGGCAAAGCAUUUGACACCUGCCUUGAAAGCUUACUAGUCGAACCUCAGCUGAAAAAGGACGAUCAAGAAGAAUUGACAGAGCAUGUAAAGCAAUUAAAGUCGCUCAUGCUUGAUGUUGAAAAACAGAUCAAGGAUAUUCGUUUGCGAGCCAUGGGAAAUGAGCAAUUGUCUUUAUCAGAGUCUGUAACGCUUUUAAAACGAGAUAUUGCCAUUAAAAAGGAAGCUGUCAGCAAGUAUUCCGAAAAACUCGACAUAUGGUCAGAAAUGCUUCCAGCACUAAAGAACAAAAGCCUGGAAAUUCUUCGAUCACGAGCCGACGGAAACGACACUGCUGAACCUGCCGCCGCCUCCGCCCACCCGGCUUCAUCUGCCAUGGAAGACGAUGAAGACGACGACGACGAUGUAGAAUUUGAAGAAAUCUAA